AUGGAGCAGCUUCGAUUUCGAUAUGGACGCCCGGAGCAACUGAUUCGAAGUCAACUGGAGAGUGUGCGAGAUGUGCUGCCAAUAUCAGAAGAGAACAUAGCCAGGAUUGUGCCGUUAGCCACAAGGGUGAGCAACCUUGCUUCAUUUUUGAAGACAACAAAGAACGACAUUCAGCAUUUAGGAAAUCCUACCCUAAUGGAGGAGCUGAUAGCUAAGUUGCCUAUUAGCAAGAGGUUGGACUGGGCGAAGCAUGCGGCUACGAUAGAACCAUAUCCAACAGUGAUGCAUCUUACCGAAUGGCUACACGAGCUCGCUAAGUUGAUAUGCAUUGUCACGGAUGCUGCAAGUAAAGAACCGAAGCGAAGGCUAUUGCACGCAAGCACAAGUCUUCUGGAUGGAAAGGAUACUGACUCUCACAAAUGUUGUCCAAUAUGUGAGGGGCAGCAUGGGAUCAAGGACUGCGAGGAAUUUAAUCAUGCACUUCCGGCAGCGAGAACCGAGUUAGCAAGGAAGCAUAGGAUCUGCUUCGCGUGCUUGGAGAGUAGACACAUGGCCCGGUUCUGCAAGAAGGGCACCAAAUGCAGUGUCAACGGGUGCCAAAGAAGGCAUCACUACCUGCUACACGAUAGAAUCGGGAAUUCCAGGCUACCCCAGUCGAACGGCGGCCGCUUGAAGGAGCAUACGAGCACUCGAGAUCAGGAGCUGCAAAGGGACACCAGCCAUCGCUGA